UGCGGUAUAUCGAAAACACUUGGAUAGAAUCUUUCAUCCUAUGCCGGCAUCGUCCGCGAUCAGCUUACUUCAUCCUCAUAUAAAUUCUGGAUAUGAGCUACGCAUUUGCUAUCAUAAGUUGUGAAGGUGGCUGUGACAAACAAAGGGACUUCACACCAACGGUUGAGUUCCUUACAAAAUGCCUGGUUUAUCGGUGAAACUAAAAGGAGAGGGGACCGACCCGAAGUACUGCUGCUCGUCCUGUGGUCUCCUGUUGAACGAGCCACGGCAGACAUCCUGUGGACAUCGGUACUGCAAAUCCAGCGUGGAAGACCUUACUAGACCUGAUGGGGGACAAUGCAAGGUGCCAUCAUGUGGACAACAUAUUAAGAUUGAAGACGUUUUCCCGGACAAGGCCAUUGAGAGAGAAAUAAAAAGCAUUCCAGUUCUCUGCAACAAUGACGAUGAUGGCUGCAAAUGGGAGGGACUACUGAAGGACCUUAAGGCUCACCUCGAUGAAUGUGAGUAUGAGAAGAUUGCCUGCAUUCACAAGAACUGCGGGGAGAAAAUCCCAAGGAGGGACCUUUCCAAACAUCUUAAUGAAAACUGUGGGUUCCGGUCUGCUGCCUGCCAGUUUUGUAAGGAGUCUCAUCCAUUCAAGGACAUCGCGAACCACCAGGAGUCGUGCCCCAUGGCCCCUGCCCGGUGUAAGUGGUGCGGUAAGAAGGGUCUGACCCGCUCACAGCUGCAGGACCAUCAACAUCCGCAGACUGGAGACUGUCCCAACAUGAAACUGCCGUGUCACUUCGAACCGGUCGGGUGUACAGAAAAGCUGGAAAGGAAACAACAUGGCGACCACCAAAAGAAGACCAUCACAGCUCAUCUCAACAUGGUUCUGGCCAUGCUCCUCCAACUGGCAACAAACGUGGAGGGGCUCCGAGAUGAGGACGUUGAGGCACGCGAGAACAUGCGAGCUGCCAUUCCUCGACUGGACAAGAAUCUCAAUGACCAAAUCACCAAGGUUUCUGAGCUAGAGAGGAAACUUUCCAGCUAUCAGUCAGAAGGGGCAACAGGAUCAGGAUCAAGCGGCUUGAAGGCACUGGAGAAUCGAAUUGAACAAAUUCGGGCAAAGGUUGAAGAUCUUAUAAAGAAGCUCGCCGCUUGGGAACCGAGAGUUGGCACGUUUGAGGGGAUUGUUGCCGUUCUGAACCGUGAGAUCGAGAAAUGUAGCUCCCAGAUGGAGGCGUACGAACGACAACGUCGCCAGGACAGGGAGAUCAUCGAGACUCUGGAGAGGAAGGUCAGAUCUCUGGAAAGGAUCAUCGCUCUGAAGGACGUUGCCCUCGCGGAACAAGACCUCCGGAUCCAGACCCUAGAACUGACCAGCUAUGACGGCAUCCUGACAUGGAAGAUCGCAGACUUCACACGUAAGCGUCACGACGCCAUCACGGGGAAGACAGCAAGUUUCUACUCGCCAUGUUUCUUCACCAGCCGUACAGGGUACAAGAUGUGCGCCCGGAUCUACCUGAACGGAGACGGGAUGGGGAAGGGCACUCAUGUCAGCCUGUUCUUCGUCGUCAUGAGGGGGCACUACGAUGGGCUGCUGCGCUGGCCUUUUCGUCAAAAGGUGACCUUCAUGCUCCUGGACCAGAACAACCGUGAACACGUGAUCGACGCGUUCCGUCCUGACCCGACCAGCUCGUCCUUCCAGCGGCCCACCAGUGACAUGAACAUCGCCAGUGGAUGUCCGCUCUUCGUGCCGCUCAGUCAGCUGGACAGCAGCAGCCACGCCUAUGUGAGAGACGACACCAUGUACCUCCGUGUUAUUGUCGACACGAGUGAUUUAAACUAAUUGGCCCUAUCGGAGCUCACGAGAUGGAAAUCAUAGCAAAGACACGUACUCCAUUGGGCAUCAUUGCACCUGAUAUGCGUAAACGUAUGUCAGUGGAAAUACUAACGCGCACAAUAUGUCGCCUUCAACACAACAUCGCUGACAAAAAUAAGUCUACGUCUUUCACGAGAGACGACUUAACAAUCGAGAACAGUGAUUGGUAUGUGGAGGAUGACAAAAAUUGUCCUUUGAAUAUAAUUGGACAUCAAACAACCUACUACCUUGAAAAUAGUAUCCCAAGUCAAAAGGUACAUUUCAAUCUGAACAAUAUUAGAAUAUCGUGCGUUGCAACGAUGCUCUGGUGCAAUAGAACAUACACGGCCUCUUCAUUCAUUUGGUCAACAAUUUCAAAAGUCUGUAUCAUAAGUUCUGAUCGCAAUUUCACUUCUGACAUUAUCGUUUUAGAAUUAUGGUUGGAAACACUGAAUUUGAUUCUAUACGUAAAGAAACCUCCAAUAUCUGAGUGGCAACAAGUGAUCAUGAUAGACCACUCGUCUAUGUUUUUAUAUAAUCAAACCAUUUCAAAAAGCAUGACGUGGACAUCUACACUAGAAACAAUAUUUUGUUUACGACAUUUGUUAAAAGGUAAUAGCAUUUUCUUGUUCAGAAUCAUUUAAACAGUGUUAGAUAUUACUGAUGCUAUGUUUGCAUGAUUCUACUUGAAAAUGUCUUUUCCCCUCUGAUAAGUGUCGCAAACAAAUUUAAUGUUUUUGGUAAUAAAAUUACGAGUCCAAUUUGUGAUAGUGGUAAGGAUUUCUUCUCGUAGAUCAUGCCUAACAAUUUCUCCGAUCACCAUUGACUUAAUGACUGAACUUUUACGUUAUAUACAUUAUCUGGUAAAACAGAAUAGCGUCAUGAGGUGCGUGUAGAGCAUUGUGUCCAGUAGGUGACCAUGCCACAUUCUGUCAUGGAAUG